AUGACACAAUAUUGCUGCGGAAAUGACACAUCAUUGCUGUGGGAAUUAAAACCUAUAAACUCAAAGAAAAGAAGGACGCAGCGGAACAGCAACAUUUGCGAAACGUCCCGACCGCUGCAUACCGUUUGUUCGAUGUUUAGCAUAAAGGUUGCAUGUGGUCGAAUGAUCGGUAUGCUUUGUCCAACGGGGGUGUGGUGUCGUGUUGUGUUGUCACUUGGGGACGGGUCUUUUAAAAUGAGUAGCAUUUGUACUCAAGGUGAAGAUUCGAACAACGCAAGCCAAGUGAUUUUAAUAUUGAAGCCAAGUAAUUUAACUUUCAUAGGUUAG